AGCUUCGCAGAGUCUCAGGCUCGUCAUUGCCGCUUACAGUGUUGGAGGAGAGUGUCGUUCCUGCGGAAAUCCACCACCAGUUCCUUAUUUUUCCCCAUUUGAGGAUCUGAAGAUGGCUUUGGCAACCUCAGUGGUUUUGGUUCACCCAGACUUCACUCGCCUGAGCACAGUAACUGCACAGUGAUACAUGCUUUCACACAAGAGUCUACAAACACCACAUAAGUCUCCAAUAACGACAGAAAAAGUCGCUAGAUUUGUUGCUAGAAGUCUAGGAGGCGUUGGAAAGUCACCAGAUUUAGCGACCAAGUUGGCAACACUGGUUCCAGGAUUAAAGGAGCGAAACAUUGGUGAAUGGUGGUUCCUGGCUGAUGACCCUGCAGCUGACCCGUGGGCACCGGAGGAGGUGCGACUGGCAGCAAUGCCUAGCAGGUGUUCCACCUAGCUGUACAUUUCUCUGCCUCUGUGCACUCUUCUGGCUCAGUCAUCAGAGGAAGUAGAUGAACUCUUGCCCUCGCCUGGAGCAUCACACGAGAUUAAAGCUUUUGUGGAAGUUGCUAAUGUGAGGUGUACCAUUGCCCGGAAAAAUCACCUUAAAAUGAAGAGAUGAUGUACCAUUUGGGGCGUGCUCGAGAAAGGAGGGUGUGGGCAAGUGAAUGAUGAUGUCUUGUGCGCGCGCACACACACACACAGAUACACACAUACACACCUCAAGAGGCUUCCUCUCACUGUUAACUCUUCAGCAGAUCCAUUGAACAAGCUCAGCAGAGCAGCAUCAGUCAGGAAACACGCUUCUGCCAGAGAGACCAGGUGAUGAUGCCUGAAGCACAGACAUAGGCAGCAGUGGCAGAAGCAGUGGUGUAUCUGUGCUGUUCAUGGCUCAGAGGAGAGCUGCUGCCGCCAGCUGCUGCUGCUGCUGCUGCUCAAGGACGCCCAUGAAUGAAGACAACGCUCGUUUCUGCCUGCUGGCUGGACUCAUCCUGCUCUACUUGUUGUGUGGGGCGGCCAUCUUCUCAGCACUGGAGCAUCCCUUUGAGCUGCGUGCUCGUCGCCUCUGGAAGCAGCAGCUUGACAACUUCACCCAGAGAUACAGGGUGAAGCUGGACUCCCUGCACACUCUGCUGCGGCAGUACGAGGAGGCGAAUGGAGCUGGUAUCAGAGUGGACACUCUGAGGCCUCGCUGGGACUUCUCUGGAGCGUUCUACUUUGUUGGCACUGUUGUCUCCACUAUUGGCUUUGGCAUGACUACACCAGCGACCAUACCUGGAAAAAUAUUCUUAGUAGUCUACGGUCUCAUUGGCUGUGCUGCCACCAUCCUCUUCUUUAACCUCUUCCUAGAGAGAAUCAUCACGAUGCUAGCUUACAUCAUGCGUUGGUGUCAUGAGCGUCGGCUGAGGUGUGGCGGGGUCAUGGUGAUGUCGAGAAGAGACGAGACCUCUGGUGAAGAAGACAGCCUUGAAGGCUGGAAACCAUCAGUCUAUUAUGUUAUGCUGAUCCUGGGAGUGGCAUCAAUUGUGAUUGCAUGCAGCGCCUCCACUCUCUACUGCUCCAUGGAGAACUGGAGCUACGUGGACUCACUCUACUUCUGCUUCGUUGCCUUCAGCACCAUCGGUUUCGGGGACCUGGUGAGCAGUCAGAGACAGCAGUAUGACUCUCAGGAAGCAUAUCAACUUGGGAACUGCCUUUUCAUCUUAAUGGGAGUAUGCUGUAUCUAUUCGCUUUUUAAUGUCAUUUCUAUUGUCAUAAAGCAAACUCUUAACUGGAUUCUCGCUAAGCUGAUUUGCUCUGGACAGCAGCAGCCUUGUUCUUGCUCCACAGCUGGCUGCUGGGGCGUCUGCUGUACCUGCUUCCAACACAAAACUCACCACCAGAGGCGCAUGCCUGUACACCUGAGGCAAAAACACUUUAAACGCAACACUGUGCAGCCCAUCACUUCCCACUGUCCUGCUGGAAGGCACCACUACACAGACAGCUCAGUGGAGACAGUGUGUGACAGUGAGACAGAUGCUGGUGCACUGGCUGAUGGGGUCUACGUUGGGCAGCGUCUGUCAGAAGAGAUGAUCUCUGUCAGCGAGUUCAUGGUGUCCAACAGGGUGUCACUGGCACUGCUGCAGAAGCAGCUGAGUGAAACAGCUCACCAGGGCCAACAGCAGAGCUACAGCCAUCAAAAUGGCUUUUCUGGUGGUGUGGGGGCCUUGGCCAUUAUGAAUAAUCGCCUACAGGAAACAAGUAUGGAUAGGUAGCACUACAUAAUACACCACCGCUGUACAACAGAGGCAGGCAAUAUUUUUCUCCACAGAUCCAUCCUGAUGUACAGUAGGAAAAAGGUCACUAACUUUAAUUUAAACCAUCCUAAUAUCCAAUAUGCUUCAGAGCAUUUGAAUGACAUAUAACUGGUAACAAAUACAAUUAUUAUUUAUAUUUUGUUGAAGCAAAGUAUUUGUACAAUUAUAAUUCUAAUCAAAAACUUAUUGUCAUAUUUUAUGUUCCCACUAGCCAUGCAGCAAGCUUUUACCCACACAGAUAGAUACAGAUUUGAUCUGUAUUCGGGUUAUCAUGGCAAACAUACUAGUGGCCAAAAGUAGGUUUGCAGGAAUAGCAUGCAGCAGGCUUCCUCCCUCUCUAUUAUUGAUCUUCUUUUCAAGGCCAAUUGGUCCAUGUUGAUAACCUGCAAAGCCAGUCAUUGUGCCUCCUUCUGGCAAAAGGAAGUAACAAACUAACAACAAACAAAUGAUUUCAUUUAUAUAAAGCUUUCAGCGUGUGGUCUACAUUUGCUGUACGCUGUCAUAACAAGUUAUUGGUGGCCUUUCUCUAGCGCCAUGUAGUGGCCAUUGUAGUCACUCCACAUCCAAACAUUCACAGGGGUGUG